AUGGCAGCCGCGGCCAGGCAGGAUGCUCUGCCCGGGCCCCCAUCCCGCGCCCCAGUGCCUGCGACCUGGAGCUCCCAGCCGGGCCGCGGAGCGUCCCGGAACUUACGCUCGCGGGUUCCGGCGCGAGGGCACUUCCGGUGCCGCUCUUCUCUCGCCAGCAAAGAGAACUGCCAAGUCAGUUCCGGCGGAGAGCGAGGUGAGAAGCGCAGCGAGGCCGUCUGUCCCGGGGCCCUCCAGGCCCCCCGGCCUCAGGCCAGCGGGUGCCCUGGGGGGCCCGGGGACAGGUCACGGGCUCUGACCCGCAGAGACCCAGCACCCUCGCCGCAGCCGUCCACCGGCCAGGCGCAGACUGUGAAGCAGCCGCGAGGCUCUCCCCACCCCCACUCCCACCCCCACCUCGGCGACGAUGGCGGCGGCCUCUCGGAGCCCAGACCUCGCCGGCUGCCCACUCCCCUAGCCCAACUGUGCGGGCCCUGCGCGCAGCCCUCGCCCAGCCAGCGGGCACGCGGCGCCUUUGGACGUCGGGUGUGGCGGGGCAAGAAGAAUGGCGGCCACUCGAAUGCCGCGGACGGCCGUUGGGGCCUCCGAGGGCCUGAGAAGGCGGAUUUGCGUGGACGCAAGCUCGACCACCCUUGGGCCUUGGAGCCCCACAGAUUUGGGCUCUGGGAUGACCAGCCGUCCCCAUUGGACGAAACCUCACCUUCUACGGAGAACAGUGGACAGAGGCCCAAACGGGCCCGGAAGGUGAGCGAAGCCCCUGUCGACGACGGGUGGAACGGUUAACGGGCCGUAGGCGGUUGGUCUUCGUUCUACCAGACGUUGACGUUGGAAGAUCGAAAUGGGAGAAUUACGUACCGCAUUUGGCCAAUAGGAAGACCACCUUUUGGGAAGAUUUACUGGCCGUUUUUAGAAGGCCUGUGUAUAUAAUAUGAAAAAGCUGCUCUCAACUUUCCCCCCAACCUUUUAAAAGAAAACUUUUGCCACAUCUAGGCCUUCUAGAUGUAAAGAGGUUGCCGACAUAUGAUAAAGUAGAGUUAGAAAAAUCACACGUCUUGUAAAUGCCUAUUUGUUUUUUUAAAAAUCAUAGAAAAGUAAUGUCUUUUGGAAAUGACUUUGGAAAUGGAAUUGUUAGACCACUUCUAGAAGCGACAUCAGGAGCGACACGUCCAUGUUUGUUCAGUGGGUAAGAGGACAUGAAGUAGACGACCUUGAGGAAGAAAAGAAGGUUCUGUGCCAGACUGGUCAUAUUUAGAAGACAUUUUCAUAUUAUAACCAUUGUUUUGUGUGUGCAUUUUAUUCCUCACUACUGUAUGUAUAGUUGACAAUGCUAAGAACUUUUUUGAAAUAUCUAGUCUUUCUAGAUGUUCUGAAGUGCCUGCUACAUGUUAAAAAUAGAGAUAGUAAAAAGACAUUCUUGUAAAUAGCUUUUUAACAUUAAUAUGAAAUGCUGUUUAAUUUGGGGGGAAUGGCCAAACCACCUCUUUGAAUAGUACACAUUGUGUUUGUGCACUGGUUCAAAGGAGGAGGGAGGAGAAGGAAGUGCAGAGAGCUCUGCCACUGUGUUUAUAGUGAGGGAAGAUAAACCAUUGUCCUUUAUGUUUCUGCAUUUGGUUUUACUUAGCUGUGUAUGUAUAUAGUGUAUAUAUAAUGGACAAAUGAGUCCUAAUUUUCAACAUCUAGUCUUUCUAGAUGUUAAAGAGGUUGCCAGUGUAUGACAAAAAUAGUUAGUAAACUAAUACAUUGUGUACGUUUUGUGUUAAAAUUCCUAAAAAGAUUGUCUUCUGAAAAUUUGAGCAUUAUAGCCCACUGGGUUGGUGGAGGAAGAAGAGGAGAGAAGGGUUCAUCUUAGGCUAGAAUGUUCAUAUUUUGAAGACACUUUCAGAUUAUAACUGUUACAUGUGUGCAGUUUAUUCAAGACUGUGUAUAUAGUGGACAAACUAAGUCCUUAUUUAAAACAUCUAGUCUGUCUAGAUGUUUAGAAGUGCCCAACGUAUGUUAAAUGUAGAGGUAGUAAAAUAUCGCUUUGUAAAUAUCUUUUUCCUAAAAUUCGUGGGAAGUAACUGUCUUGGGGAUGGAAUUGUUAAACCACCUCUGAGCAGUAUACUGUCGUGUAUCUUUGUUCAGUGGUUUGGAGGAGGUGGAAGGGAAAGAAUUGCAAAAGGUAGUAGGCUAGUGUGUUCCUGUUUGCACAUUUUCAGACAAAACCAUUUUUUUGUACUGUGCAUUUUGUUCUGUGUAUAUAGUGUAUAUAAUGGACAAAUGAGUCCUACUAGUUUUGCAACAUCUAGUCUCUAGAUGUUAAAGAGGUUGCCAGUGUAUGACAAAGUAGUAAAAUUAGCACAUUCUGUACACAUUGUGUUGAAAUGCAAAGGAAAGCUUUUCUUCUGUAAAUGACUUUUGGAUAUGAAUUUGUUCAACCACCUUUAAGCAUUACACAUGCCUAUACUUGUCUACUGGAUUGGUGGUAGAAGGAAUUGAGGGAAGUUUAGGCCAAAAUGGUGGUCAUAUUUAGAAGAUACCUCAGAUUAUACCCAUUGUUAGGUGUGUGCAAUUUUAUUUAGCAGUGCUGUUGUGUACAUAGUGGACAAGUACUUAUAUGAAAUACCUAGUCUUUCUAGAUAUUUAGAAAUGCUUGAUGUAUUUUAAAGUAGAAGUAGAGUCACGCUUCUUGUAAAUAGCUUUUAAAAACUGAUGGGAAAUACUAUCUUUGGAAAUGGAAUUGCUAAACCACCUCUCUGAACAAUAUACUUGUUCAGUGGUUUGAGGGAGGUGGGAGGGAAGAAAUUGCAAAAGAUGCUUUGCUAGUGUAUGCUAGGAAAUUUCAGCUUAUCCAUUGCCCUAUAUGUUAUGUGCAUUUAACUUGACUUUAUAUAUUGUAUAUAUACUGGACAAAUAGGUCCUAAUUUUAUAAUAUCUAGUCUCUAGAUAUUGAAGAGGUUGCCAAUGUAUGACAAAAGUAGAGUUUGUAAACUAACACAUUUUGUACACUUUGUGUUAAAAUUCAUCGAAAGGCUGUCUUCUGAAAAGGACCUUUAGAGAUGACAUUGUAGUCACAUCUAAGUAACAUGUGCCUGUCUGCACUCAUCCGCUGGGUUGGUGGUAGAGAGGAGUUGUGAGUGAGAAAUGAAGGGUUCUAGACUAGAAUGUUCCCAUGCAGAAGACACUUUCAGAUAUAACCCAUUGUUACAUGUGUGUAGUUUAUUCAACACUACUAUGUAUAUAGUGGACAAACUUAAGUCCUUAUUUGAAACAUCUAGCCUUUCUAGAUGUUUAGAAGUGCACAAAGUAUGUUAAAAGUAGAGGUAGUAAAAGAACACAUUUUGUAGAUAAUCCUUUUGUUAAAAUUCAUAUGAAAUACUGUCUUUUGAAAAUGGAAUGAUCAAAGUGAUCAAACCACCUCUCAGAGCAGUACACAUUAUAUGAUAUUUGUGCUGGUUCAGGGAGGAAGGAGAAGAAAGCGCAAAGGGCUUUAUACCAGUAUGUUUAUAGUUAGGCAGGAUUAACCAUUGUCCUGUACGUCUGCAUUUGGUUUUACUUAGCUGUGUAUAUAGUGUAUAUAAAGGACAAAUGAGUCCUAAUUUACAACAUCUAGUCUUUCUAGAUGUUAAAGAGGUUGCCAGUGUAUGACAAAAAUAGAGUAGUAAACUAAUACAUUGUGUACACUUUGUGUUUAAAUUCAUAGGAAAGUCUAUUCUGAAAACAACUAGAGGAAGUGAAAUUGUUAAAAUCCCUUCUAAGCAUUAUAGAUGCUUAUACUUUCCACUAGGUUGAUAAGAGAUGAGAAGAGGAAGGGUUCUAGGCCAGAAUGUUCUUUCAGUGCUACUAUAUAUGUAGUGGGCAAAUUUUAAAUAACUCCUUGAAACAUCUCGUCUUCUGGAUGUUUGAAAGUGAACAACAUGUUAGAAGUAGAGAAUUAGAGUAACAACACCCUUUAAGUAUUGUUAAUUUACAGGAAUGUCUGUAUUUGGGGAAUGGAAUUGUUAAACUUGAUGUCUUGGAGAGUAUGCUGAGUGUUCACUGGGUUCACUGGGGGACGGGGACAGGACCAGGGAAGGAAGCGAGGAGAGAACGGUUCUGUGCCCGUGAGUCUUUAAAGUUCUAUAUGUGCAUUUUAGUUAAUAUUGCUGUGUGUCAAAGGAUAAACAAGUCCUAAUGCCCAAACUAUAUUAAAAGUAGAGGUAGUAAAAUCCUUUUAUGAAUGCUCUUUUGUUAGUUUUUAGGAAGGACUGUUCUGGGAGUAUCUGUUAAUCCACCUCUUAGAGCUAGAUGUAGUCCUAUGCUUAGUCAUUAAAAUGGUGGAGGGAGCAAAGGAGGGGUGAAGGGAAGGGCUUUUUGCUAGUAUCCACAUCUAGAAGACCAUUCUAGGUUAUAACCAUAGGUCUAUAUGGACGUUUUUAUUAAGUACCUGUGUUUGUUGUGGACAGGUUUCAUUAUUUUGUAACAUCUAAGGUUUUUGGAUGUCCUGAGGUGACAAUGUAUGAUAAAAUGUACAGCUAAUGAAUUAACCAAUUUAUAAGUUUCUUUUUGUUAUCAUUGAUAGGAAAGAAGUAUCUUGGACGUGGAAUUGUUAAGCUGUCUCAGAAAUGUCAGGACUUCACUAGGUUGGCGGCAGGGGGGGCAGAAGGAAGUAUAGAGGGAGAGAUGUAUGCGGAUGUGUUCAUAUUUACAUUGUAACGAUAACUGUUAAUGUGUGUGCGUUUCUUUGGCUGUACUAUAGGAAUAAAUUGAUUCAGUGGAAACAUACCUCCUUGCUAAUAUUUGAAUAGUAUAGAUUGGAUAAUGAAUUCUUUUUAGAAGCAUUGUACGUUGUGUACUCUUACUUUGUCUCAGUUUUAAUUGAACAUUAAGGGAAUGCAGUAUUUUAAUUGUAACUCUGCCAAUAUCUUUAUCUAGAGGCCUAUUGCCAUUUUUGUCUUUUAUGAAAUUUUUGUAGCCAAGAAAGGCAGGAUUACAUUUUUUUUUCUUUCAGAUGGAGUUGGUGUAGUAUAUUCUUGGUUAUCAAAAUACUCAAAGUUUGGGGACUUUGAAAUGAUAAAUAUGGUGAUAAAAAAGCAUGAUACAUAACUCUAUGAUCUUAAUUACAUUAAAAUGCUUACUUCUGUAGAUACACACAUGGGACCUAGAAGUCAGACUGUAAACUGCUUGUGAUUAUGGAUGACUUUGUUCUUUGCUUCUUGUGUUUUCCAGUUUCCUUUUAUGCACAUGUUAACUUUUAAAAAAUAAAUUUUUAAAAACCUA